AGGCAUUGCCGCGGAAGGCUCGAGCGUCAACGUGUGAACGCGCGCUUGCCUGUCCUCGCGUCGCGCGUUGCACUUUAACUUUUCCGCGUCAUCAUAACUACAAACCCUCACAACACAUUUACACCACAGCAUCAUGUCCGACUUCUUCAACCUUAAAGCACGGCAAGCUGCGGCCGCCUCUGCGCAAGCAAGCUCAUCAAAGGGUCCCGCGAAACAAGAGCCGGACCGGCUACAGCCAUGGGUUGAGAAAUAUCGUCCGAAAACUCUCUCCGAGGUCACAGCGCAAGAUAACACUAUACAAAUCCUCUCCCGUACGCUUCAAUCCACGAAUCUCCCGCACAUGCUUUUCUACGGCCCUCCAGGAACUGGCAAAACAUCAACGAUCCUAGCUCUCGCAAAGCAGCUGUAUGGUCCCGAGCUCGUGAAAACCCGCGUGCUCGAACUCAACGCCUCUGACGAACGAGGUAUAUCUAUCGUACGAGCCAAAGUCAAAGAUUUCGCCCGCCAACAGCUCUCAUCUGCCCCCACACACAAAAUCUCAGUAGAAGACCCAGAUGUAGAGGGAGGCGUAAAGCGGGUCAGCUACCGCGAUCACUAUCCAUGCCCGCCUUUCAAGAUCAUCGUGCUUGAUGAAGCAGAUAGCAUGACACAAGAUGCGCAGUCCGCGCUACGCCGCACAAUGGAGACGUACUCGAAGAUGACGCGAUUCUGUUUGGUGUGCAAUUACGUGACACGGAUUAUCGAUCCCCUUGCGAGUAGAUGCAGUAAAUUCAGAUUCAAGAGCUUGGAUCAAGGGAACGCGGUGAAGAGGGUAGAAGACAUUGCCCGCUUAGAAGGCGUGAGUAUGGACAAGGGCGUUAGUGAGGAGCUUGUGAGAGUCGCAGAGGGCGACUUGAGAAAAGCGAUCACGUUCCUGCAAUCUGCAGCUCGGCUUGUCGGAGCGGGCAAGAGCCGAAAACGUAAGAUUGUCGAAGACGACGAAGACGAGAUGGAUGUGGAUUCUCCCUCAACCUCGGGCACAACAGUGACAUCGACGCAAAUCGCCGAGAUUGCUGGCGUGAUACCGACACCUACUCUCGACACACUCACAUCUGCUAUCUACCCGUCCACUACCAAAUCUAUACAGUAUAACAAGAUCGCGAAAGUCGUGGAGGAUAUGGUAGCCGAGGGCUGGAGUUCAGCGCAAACAAUCAGCCAGCUGUAUGAACAUGUCAUGUUUGACGAACGUGUCGGCGAUUUGCAGAAGAUGAAGAUAACAGGGCUGUUUAGUGAGACGGACAAGAGGCUGGUGGAUGGUGGUGACGAGCACUUGGCGGUGUUGGAUUUGGGAUUGCGCAUCAGUGGGGUACUUUGUCAGGGGUAG